AUGUCCUCAUCCCAGCGGUACCGUCGUCCUGCGAAAGACGAGCCUACAGACACGACUACAUCCUCGAUUCCACCAACCGCCACAGGCGCGAAAGAGAAAGCGGAGCUUAAGCAAGCUGUCAAAGAACAAGCUGUCGCAACAUCAAAUGGCGUAUCAAUGCUCGAUGUAUUGCGUAUCCUGGGUGGCGUGCUCCUACUGAGCUGUGGUCUGAGCUACCUGAGUACAAGCGGAGAGAGUAUGACAUGGGGAUACAACCCAUGGUGGACUCGAGCUCGAGAGUGGAAGAGCCUCAUGCAAGGAGAAGUCAUCCUAACCGACUCCGAACUUGCCCUAUACAACGGCGCCGAUCCCUCUAAACCAAUCUACCUUGCGCUAAACGGCACAAUCUACGACGUCUCCAUCUCGCCUACCACGUACGGGCCAGGCGGCUCCUACCAUUUCUUCGCAGGCAAAGACGCCGCGCGCGCCUUCCUGACCGGCUGUUUCGCCGAAGACAGCGUCCCUGAUCUACGCGGCGUAGAGCAAAUGUUCAUUCCCAUUGACCCAGAGGAAAAGGUCAGCCUGACACCACAAGAACGCGAGAUUGAGAUGGAGAAGGCGAGGAAGAGGAAGCCAUUGACCAAGGGUGAGCUAAAGAAUAGACAUGCGCAGGAGCUCAAGAGUGCUAGGAAACAAAUGGUCGCUGGUCUGGAGGGUUGGCAUAUGUUGUUCCGGGGUGACAAGGGCAAGCCGUAUCGGCGUGUGGGCCAUGUCAAGAGGGAACCGGGCUGGGAGAGCAAGAUGCCCAAGAGAGGACUCUGUGAACAGGCGGAGAAGGGUAGGCCGGUCAGGAAGUACGACUAA